AUGAGUCUAUCGGUAGACGAUAUACUGGAGGAUGAUACCCUCGGGAGCACCAUCUUGCUGGAUGCUCCGUCCGCGGUCGAUUCAAACUACAGAGAGUGCAUGAACCUGCUUGUUAAGGGCCAGCCGAAGGGGGCACUGGAGAGGAUGUUUGAACGGGGGGUAUUGAACGAUGAGGCGCUGGACAGUCCUGCACAUUUCACAUUGUGCUUGAGUUGCUAUUCCAAUAUCCCAGAUUUCGCAUCCCUUGGCGUAUCCCUGCAGACCGUGGCUAAGAGGGUUUUCGACGUACAGCAGAUGAACGACACCAUCCUUCAUUUGAGGUCAAGAGACGACGCAAUGGCGCAAUUGGAGAAGUAUUUUGUCUGCUUUGUCAGGACUUUGCACUUACAGAACUCAAGAGACCGUCUAGAGGGAACGAUACAGUUGCAAAGUAGAAUGAAGGAUGAGAUAAGGGAGUGCAGCGAGGCGAUUUUGAACGAGGAGGACGCACUGGUACUAAGAGAUAUGGUGUACACGUACCUCGUUGAUUUGGAAGUUGGCCUACUGCACAAUAAGAAGUCGCUGUCUCUUUAUGAUUCCCUGUGCCUCGGGUUACCACAGUUACGGGACGUGUUGCAACGAUACGAUACUAUGGGUACCACUUUCGAAGACACGAUAACAAGGGACCUGGGGCCCCUGCCGAAGCCAAAGAAGACGGCAGCACAGAGGCCAAUCUCAGCUGUCACUCCGAAACCAAUUACGAACAGGGACGAGUUGCAAGGCGCUAUCACUGGCAGUGAACCGGAACGAGAGAAACAAGUCUCUGUGUCCUGGGGAAAUUUGGUCCCCACCGCGAAGAAGUACUACUCUGACCACGUAGCCCAGUUUCUUGCAAGGCAGGACCCGCGGAUUCUCCGCGCACUGUCCAUCUGCCUUCUCCUGCUCGUGAUCAUCCACAGGGACAAGUUCCGCUCGCACAAUUUCCGCCAAUUGUUCCAAAGAACGCUUCGAAACUCGCUGCAACAGCUGUGGUACAUCACCAAGACCUUGACGAGUGUCUAG